ACGUUUACUCUCUCGAACGCGGUUGUCCGACGGCCGUUUGUUGUUAUUAAUCCGCCGUCGGCAAGCUUGCUUAUCGGCUGCAUUCCGGACUAGUUCGCACCGAUCAGGGCAGAAAAAGAUCGUAGCAAAUCAUAGGCUGGAGUUUGGAAAUCCUAAAAUAAAUGUUUAUAUCGGGCGACGUCGCGAAACUUGUGGCCUUAAGUGAGGUUGACAGUGGUUGUGGUUCCUGAUCGAGUUCUCGUUAUUUUUGUUGUUCCCGAUCUUGUUCCCGUUUUCGUGGCUCCAGUCCAAUUGGAAGCGUUCGAUCGGUCCACAAAUAUUCUUUAUUGAUCUUCGUCGGAUACCGAACCGCAUUUCGUCGUCGUGUCUGUUGUCACACCGAAAAUUAUUCGUCACAAUCAGCAGAAGCGGCCGAAAUUGGCUCAUAAAACAUAAAAAUCAGUCGGCAGCAAACACACGAAAUUUAUAUACAUACGUAUAGAUAUUGUAUAUUUAAAAUUCGAAGCGAGACGCGAAAGGCGAGGCAAACAAAAAGUAAAAAAGAACCGAAACAAAACAAAAGCCAAGUGAACGCUUCCACUUUUUCGGUGUGUGUCGUUUUAGCGUGAUAUUCCUGUGCGAUAUUCUUACCUGAGUCUAAACCUCACCUCUGCCCUUGCAGCCGGCAAUUAGCAACCCCGAUCCUCACUCCAUCUCUCCGCCCGUGAGCAAAACACAAAGGACGACAGGACAGCAACAGGACACCACUGCACCAUGGCAUUGCAACGGGAAGCAGGAGUGCAGGACUUCGUCCUUCUGGACCAAGUGUCCAUGGAGAAGUUCAUGGAUAACCUGCGAAAGCGAUUCCAAGUUGGAUCCAUCUACACAUACAUCGGCGAGGUGUGCGUCUCGAUGAAUCCCUACAGACAGAUGAAUAUCUACGGCCCGGAGACGAUCCGCAAGUACAAGGGCCGCGAACUGUUCGAGAACGCCCCCCACUUGUUCGCGAUCGCCGACGCCGCCUACAGGGUCCUCAAGCAGCGCCAGCAGGACACCUGCAUCCUGAUUUCUGGCGAAUCCGGAGCCGGCAAGACGGAGGCCUCCAAGAUCAUCAUGAAGUACAUUGCGGCGGUGACAAAUGCCCAGGGACAGAACGAAAUCGAACGAGUUAAGAACGUGCUGAUUCAGAGCAAUGCCAUCCUGGAAACCUUUGGCAACGCGAAGACGAACCGCAACGACAACUCCAGUCGCUUUGGCAAGUACAUGGACAUUGAGUUCGACUACAAGGCGGAUCCGGUGGGGGGCAUCAUCACCAACUACCUGCUGGAGAAGUCGCGAGUGGUGCAGCAGCAGCCGGGCGAGCGGAACUUCCACAGUUUCUACCAGCUGCUUCGUGGAGCCAACGACAACGAACUGCGGCAAUAUGAGUUACAGAAGGAAACCGGGAAAUACCACUACUUGAACCAGGGCAGCAUGGACAUCCUGACGGAGAAGUCCGACUACAAGGGCACCUGCAACGCCUUCAAGACCCUGGGAUUCUCCACGGAUGAGGUGCAGACCAUUUGGCGGACCAUUGCAGCCGUACUCCAUCUGGGAAAUGUGGAGUUCCAAACCAUUGAGGAUGAGUUGGUCAUAAGCAAUAAGCAGCACCUGAAGUCCACUGCCAAGCUGCUGCAGGUUACCGAAUCGGAGCUGUCCAUGGCACUGACCAAACGGGUCAUCGCCGCCGGUGGAAAUGUGAUGCAGAAGGAUCACAAUGCCACGCAGGCGGAGUACGGAAAGGAUGCUUUGGCCAAGGCCAUCUACGACCGCCUCUUCACCUGGAUUAUUUCCCGCAUCAACCGGGCGAUCCUGUUCCGCGGCAGCAAGACGCAGGCGAGGUUCAACUCGGUCAUCGGAGUGCUGGACAUCUACGGCUUCGAGAUCUUCGACUCCAACAGCUUCGAACAGUUCUGCAUCAACUACUGCAACGAGAAGCUGCAGCAGCUCUUCAUCGAACUGGUGCUGAAGCAGGAGCAGGAGGAGUACCAGCGCGAGGGCAUCGAGUGGACUAAUAUUGACUACUUCAACAACAAGAUCAUUUGCGAUCUUGUGGAGCAGCCGCACAAGGGCAUCAUUGCCAUCAUGGACGAGGCGUGUCUGAGCGUGGGCAAGGUGACGGACGACACGCUCCUGGGGGCGAUGGACAAGAACCUGAGCAAGCAUCCGCACUACACGAGUCGCCAGCUGAAGCCCACGGACAAGGAGCUGAAGCAUCGCGAGGACUUCCGCAUCACGCACUACGCGGGCGAUGUGGUCUACAACAUCAACGGGUUCAUCGAGAAGAACAAGGACACGCUGUACCAGGACUUCAAGCGUCUGCUGCACAACUCCAAGGACGCCAACCUGAGCGAGAUGUGGCCGGAGGGGGCGCAGGACAUCAAGAAGACAACCAAGCGUCCACUGACGGCGGGCACCCUGUUCCAGCGAUCGAUGGCCGACCUGGUGGUCACGCUGCUAAAGAAGGAGCCCUUCUAUGUGCGCUGCAUCAAGCCCAAUGACAUCAAGAGCUCCACCGUGUUCGACGAGGAGCGGGUGGAGCAUCAGGUGCGCUAUCUGGGUCUGCUCGAGAAUUUGCGGGUCCGUCGAGCCGGAUUCGUGCACCGCCAGCGCUACGACAAGUUCCUGCUGCGCUACAAGAUGAUCUCGCAGUACACGUGGCCCAAUUUCCGGGCGGGCAGCGACCGCGACGGCGUCCGGGUGCUGAUCGAGGAGAAGGGCUUUGCGCAGGACGUGAAGUAUGGCCACACGAAGAUCUUCAUUCGCUCGCCCCGCACCCUGUUCGCCCUGGAGGAGAAGCGCAAUGAGAUGAUACCGCACAUAGUGACGCUGCUGCAGAAACAGGUGCGCGGAUGGAUCGUCCGCCGGAACUUCAAGAAGAUGAAGGCCGCCAUCGCAAUCAUGCGGGCCUACAAGACCUACAAGCUGCGCAGCUAUGUCCAGGAGCUGGCCAACCGUUUCCGGGGCGCCAAGCAGACCCGCGACUAUGGCAAGAGCAUCCAGUGGCCACAGCCGCCGCUCGCCGGACGCAAGGCGGAAGCGAAGCUGCACCGCAUCUUUGACUUCUGGCGCGCCUACAUGAUCCUGCGCAAGUAUCCGCGCAACCAGUGGCCCCAGCUGCGGCUCCAGAUUAUCGCGGCCACCGCCCUGGGCGGCCGGCGUCCCUAUUGGGGCCAGCAGCGCCGCUGGCUGGGCGACUACCUGGCCAACUCGCAGGACAACAGCGGCUACGAGGCGUACAACGCCAGUUUGCGCAAGAUCCAGAUCCGCCAGGUGCUCUUCUCCGCCUUCGCCAAGAAGAUCAACCAAUGCAACAAGCAGUCGAACCGCGCCUUCAUCGUCACCGAUUCGACCAUCUACAAGUUGGAUGGCAUCAAGAAGAAGUUCCACGACAUGAAGCGAUCAAUCGGAAUCAGGGAGCUAACAUCCAUUAGCGUGACUCCUGGCCGGGAUCAACUGAUAGUCUUCCACUCGCCCAAAAACAAGGACCUGGUGUUUUCGCUACAGGGCGAGCACACGCCCCUCAAGGAGGAUCGCAUUGGCGAGGUGGUUGGCAUUGUGUGCAAGAAGUACCAUGACCUCACCGGAACGGAGUUGCGGGUUAAUGUGAGCAGCACAAUCCCCUGUCGUCUGGAUGGCAAGUCACGCACCAUUUCGGUGGAGGCGGCGUCCAAUCUGGAGGUGCCCAACUUCCAUUGCAAGGAGGGCAGAAUCAUCUUCGAGGUGCCGGCGGCGUAUUGCGUUUAGGGGAUGCUGUCCAACCCCCUUCGAAGUGUAAAUUAUGGAACCUUAUUUUAGGAUCCACCAUUCUACUUGUUGUUUACCCCUUUGUCCCAUUGGUGGACAAAGGACAAGAUAACUCUGUGUAUACCGUGCCUUCUGCUAACACACACUUUGUAGUUUUAAAACGUCUUUUAGUUAGUAAUAUCUGUUCUGUGUGUGUUUGUUUGAUCGACGAAUUGACGUAUUGAUCGUGAUUUUGUACAUUUUUUUAUUACGUAUGCGUUAAGGCGAUAUUUAUUUACCAUCCAUGUGAGAGGACAACCUCCGCCGGUUUUGCUGGCAGGCAUUAAUAACGAAAAGUAUUAAAUGCAAAUGCACUUUGUGCAUUUCUUCAAAUAUGAUUCACAGCACACAACAAACCUUCAGCGAAACCGUUUGUACUUAAAACGAAAUUCACGAACCUAUGUGUGCCAUUUGCAAAUAAUAUUUUUUAAAUAUUAUACAAAAUAAAAGCUGUAAACUUUGUAUUUUAAA